GUGGUCAUACAAGAAAAGAAAUUAGUGACAUUCUUGGUUUUCCACUUUCAACUGUUAAAAGUACAAUUCAGCUUUAUGGAAGUUCCAAAAUACCCUUAAGCAAAAAAAGAAGUGGCCAACCCAGAUUGCUUGGUGGUAAUGAACAAA